AUGACUUCCAAAGAAGCGACCAGAUCGGACAGUGACACCUCCCUAUGGACGGAUGACCAGGAAUCGGCCCUCCUACAGGCCGUUGUUCGCUGGAAGCCAGUAGGAAUGCACAAGCAUUUCCGGAUGAUCUCAAUCAGAGAUCAUCUCCUGAACCAGGGUGUGGUCAAUCCCGAAGACUCUCAUACAUCCAUAGCAGGAAUCUGGCGGAAGCUUCAAUCCCUAUACGACCUCGCAAAACUGGACGAGCGCGAAGACUCCAUCAUUGACGGCCUCGAGGAUGGGGCCAAAGGUCAUGCCUAUUGGCGAGAAUUCGAACUCCCGCGCGAGGACUUUGAGGAGUUGAUGUGGCAGAGAAGGUUGAAUCCCGAUGGGACCUCGAGUCCCGACAUCUCCAGAAGGGAGAGCACGGUUGCAGACACGGAUGAGCCACGGUCGUCACCGAUUCCUGGUGCCACGAGAGGGUCACUCAGGGGAGCUAGAGGAGGAAGACGAGGAGGUAGAUUGUCACGUUUACAGAACGAGAUUGAAACCGAUAGGUCCAGUCGGCGGACGAGCAAGGCCAACAGCGUCGUGGACGAGGAUCAAGCCAUGGAAGACGCUGACGAAGAAGAGGAAGACCAGGAAAGUGGAGCUGAAGAUGAAUCAAGCGACGAACCGGAAGAGGAAGACAAGAAAGCCUCUGGCAGGAGGGGUGGGCGUGGUGGACGGAGAGGCAGGGCCAGGCGAGCACGGCGAAGAUGA